AUGUCUGCUACGGUCCCAAGAAAUUUUCGACUUUUGGAGGAGCUGGAGAAGGGCGAGAAGGGUUUGAGUGCUGACGCCUGCUCAUAUGGUCUUGCUGAUGGGGAGGAUGUGAUGUUGAGCAAUUGGAAUGGCACUAUCCUUGGCCCACCUCACAGCGUGCAUGAGAACCGGAUAUACAGUGUGAACAUUCACUGCGGGCCCCACUACCCCGAUCGCCCGCCGACUGUUCAAUUCGUUUCCCGCGUCAACAUCCCCUGCGUUGACCCCGAUACUGGGAAGGUCGAUCCGACAAAGCUUCCCACCCUGGCAAAUUGGGACCGAAAGUUCACAAUGGAGACUGUUUUGAUUGAGUUGAGAAGGUACAUGGCGCUGCCCCAGCACAAGAAGCUGCCCCAGCCCGCGGAGGGCUCGUCUUUCUAA